AUGAAGCCUCUUGUUCUCUUGGUUCUUGUGAUCUGUACUGUAGUCAGCAUGAAUUUGAAGCUCGUGUCAAAGAGAAAUUCUGUUGAUGGUUGCAUUGACUGGUCAGUGGAUCUCAAGACAUACAUGGCUUUGGCAGGUGAACCAGUCCGAGUGAAAUGUGCCCUUUUCUACAGCUAUAUCAGAACUAAUUAUAGCAUGGCCCAAAGCACAGGUCUUAGGCUUAUGUGGUACAAAAACAAAGGAGAUUUAGAAGAACCCAUUAUAUUUUCUGAAGUUAGGAUGAGCAAGGAUGAAGAUUCAAUAUGGUUUCACUCGGUUGAGUUGCAAGACAGUGGUUUCUACACAUGCGUUCUAAGAAACUCAACCUAUUGCAUGAAGGUGUCCAUGUCCUUGACAGUAGCUGAGAAUGAAUCUGGGCUUUGCUACAACAGCAAGAUCAGAUAUCUGGAAAAAUCAGAAGUCACUAAGAGAAAGACAAUCUCCUGUCCUGAUAUUGAGGAUUACAAAACAGCCAGUCAAGAGCCGGACGUGGUGUGGUACAAGGAAUGUAAGCCAAAGAUGUGGAGAAGCAUUGUAAUUCAGAAGGGAAAUACUCUGUUAAUACAAGAGGUGCAUGAAGAAGAUGGAGGAAAUUAUACCUGUGAACUAAAGUUUGAAGGCAAGGUUAUACGAAGAACAGUGGAAUUGAAGGUUACUGCUUUACUCACAGACAAACCUCCAAAGCCAUUGUUCCCCAUGGAGAACCAGCCAACUGUUAUAGAUGUCCAGCUGGGAAACCCACUGACGGUGGCCUGCAAAGCCUUCUUUGGAUUCAGUGGAGAAUCAGGCCCCAUGAUCUACUGGAUGAAAGGGGAAAAAUUCAUAGAAGAAUUAGAAGGUCACAUUAGAGAAGGCGAAGUCAGACUCCUCAGAGAACAUCUUGGAGAAAAAGAAGUUGAAUUGACAUUGAUCUUUGAUGCUGUAGAGGAGGCAGACCUGGCGAACUAUACGUGCCAUGUGGAAAACAGAAACGGACGGAAACAUGCCAGCGUUCUUCUGCGCAAGAAAGAUUUGAUCUACAAAAUAGAGCUUGCUGGAGGACUGGGAGCCAUCCUUCUUCUGCUUAUUUUGCUUGUGACCAUCUAUAAGUGCUACAACAUAGAGUUAAUGCUCUUCUACAGACAGAACUUUGGAGGAGACGAAGCAGCUGAUGACAACAAGGAAUACGAUGCGUAUCUUUCAUACACCAAAGUGGAUCCUGAUGCGUUAGAUUGUGAAAAUACUGAAGAGGAGCAGUUUGCACUUGAAAUUCUGCCAGAUGUUCUAGAAAAGCACUACGGAUAUAAGCUCUUCAUUCCAGAUAGGGACCUGAUCCCUAGUGGCACCUACAUUGAAGAUCUCACAAGAUGUGUUGAACAAAGCAGAAGACUCAUUAUCGUGUUAACUCCAGACUAUGUUCUCAGGAGAGGAUGGAGUAUUUUUGAGAUGGAAAACAGACUCCAUAACAUGCUAGUCAGUGGAGAAAUCAAAGUUAUUUUGAUUGAGUGUACUGAAUUAAAAGGGAAAGUGAAUUAUCAUGAAGUGGAAACUUUAAAGCACACCAUCAAACUUCUCUCAGUGGUCAAGUGGAAAGGACCAAAAAGCAGCAAACUGAAUUCUAAGUUUUGGAAGCGCCUAGUCUUUGAAAUGCCAGGGAAGAAAAAGGAGGUGGUGUCUCGGCAUCAGGUCCUGGAUUCUGCAGAGCAGGGCCUUUUUGGAGACCUCCAGACUGUCCCCUCUCUUGCUGUCACAGGCACUUCUGCCACGCUGGUAGAAUCGCAGGCUGAUUUAGCUGAUUACCACCAAGCAGACUCUGUGCAAAUGAGACAUUACUGCAGAGGAUACGAAUAUGAUGUGUCAGCAGCAACAUUGCCAAUAGCUUCCAUAAGCAACCAUCACACAUACUGUAACAUACCUUUGACACUACUAAAUGGACAGCUACCUCUUAACAACACCGUGAAGGAUUCCCAAGAGUUUCACAGGAACAACCCAUUGCUACCUUUAUCAGCAAAGGAACUUAGCUUCACCAGUGACAUUUGGUAG